GCUGAAUCAGAAACAAAAUCAAUGGCUAUCUUUUGCUGCUACUGCUGAAUUACGAAAAUUCUGUGAGGUUGAGGAAGCAGAGUGAAGAGAAAGAUAGAGAGAUAAGAAGAAGCCAUGGGUUCGAUUUCGAUGCACAUAACUCCCUCUACUGCUCUCCCUAUACGCCAUUUCAGAGCUAGAGUCUCUUGUUGCUCUUCUGGGCAUGUAUCAUUUAUCAAAGAUGUUGCUGCCACUGAACCUCCAAUGCAUCUUCAUCACUUACUCAAAGUGCUUCAAACAAGAGGUGAGACAAUCAUAUCUCCUGGAGCUAAGCAGGGACUGAUCCCUCUUGCUAUUCCGCUUUCGAAGAAUUCGUCAGGCUCUGUUACUGCGCUUUUGAGAUGGCCUACUGCUCCACCAGGAAUGGAUAUGCCGGUUGUGGAAGUUUGGAGGAGUGGAGUCAGGCUUAUAGCUAGAAAUGUAGAUGAAUACAUUCACCGGAUUCUAGUUGAAGAAGAUGCACAAGAGUUGACAGAACUAUAUCGUGCUUCGGGAGAGGCAGGUGAAAAACUUUACGAAAAGGGUGCUUUUGCUGAAUCUGAAAUUGACAAUCUCGAUGUCUAUGUUUUGAAAAAGGUUGGACUGUUUCCAGAUUUGUUGGAGCGGAAAGUAUUACGGCAUUUUGAUGAAGGAGAUCAUGUUUCAGCUAUGGUGACAGGAGAAUUUUACACAAAGAAAGACCUCUUUCCAGGAUUUGGACGACCUUUUGUAUAUUAUGCAAACAUACUACAGAAGGUAGGGCGGAAUGUAGAAGCAAAAGAUGCGGCUAGGGUAGCAUUGAGAUCACCGUGGUGGACAUUAGGAUGUCCGUAUGAGGAGGUUGCUAGUAUAGCACAAUGGGAAGACGAGCAGAUCGAAUUCAUAAGGGAAAAAGUGAGUGAUGAAGGUCGUUUUGAAGAUUUGCAUAAAGGCAAAGCUCCAAUCCAAGUUGCGUUGGAUGUUGCGGCUUUUCUCUUGGAUUUGGCUUCUAUCGAAGGAACUUGGUCCGAAUCUUUAAACCAUAUUGCUAAAUGUUAUGAGGAAGCUGGAUUACACCAUAUCUCUAAUUUCGUUUUGUACACAGAUUGAAUCCAUAUUAAUGUAUGUUCUUCACAACACUUUCCAUGUAUGAAUCAGAGAACUCACUACCCUUUUUCACUUGGAAGAUCUUUGCAGCUGGAUCAAAAGAGUAAGCAAGCUUGUGCAAGAUCCAUAUCGACUUUGCAAGUUUUAAGAAGGCCUGGUAAAAUGCAGUCCUCGGGUGGCCACCUCCUGUCACGUAGUCACGCUGGUCUAGAUUUCCAAAGAAAGAAGCUUCCAUCUUUGGGUGGACUAAGAGGAGCUACUUGCUCCUGCAGAAUAUACCAAAGUUGGAAUCAGGGUUUGUACCUAGAGCAUCUAGUGGAUCCAUGUCCUUGAGAGCAAGAAACUGGCGGAAAAAGGUGUCUGUGUCAUCAUCGGCCAUAACCGUAGCACUCUCUGAGUUUACUGAGAAGUUCUUCUGCUGAAACCCACUGAACAUCCUUUGGCAUAUGUAUGAUUCAAAUGCAUAUUCCUUGUGAGGCCUCUUGGCGUAAACAACAUCAGGCUCAAUAGAAUUGGCUGCAGUAUCAAGAUCCCAUCCUGCUGCUUUCAUCAUGUUGAUUAGCGGCUUGGAGAAAUCAUGCACAACUUUAGCAGCAGCUUCGUAAGUAGAUACAAAGAGUUCAGUAGUCAAGUCAGGAAACUGUAAAUUUCCAUCUCCACCAGAACCUUGGUUUGUAGACAUUCCUCUUAACUUAAGAUUCUUCUCAAGCUUAAGCCGUUUCUGGUUUGCUUCCUCAAUCUUCUGCAGCAUCUGCGUGAUCUCGGAAUCCUUGUUCUGAAUCUCAGACUGAAACUUCUUCACCAUGACCUCAUAAGUCUUCAACAAACUCUGCUGCUCUUGAAUCUCUGCAGCUAAACGAGAGUCUUGUGGAGAGACACAUACAGGCUUGGGGUUAUUCUCUCUGUAAAAAUGCUUCAUUUCGGAAAGAUUCUUGAGUUCAGAAAUGACAACUUUGUCCGCUGCCUGAAUCUUCUCGGGAUCGUAAGGAGUAUGAGCACUUUGAAGCUCGAUAUAAGCAGAUUUCAAAGACGAGAUGUUUCCAAAGAGAUUGGAGAUAAGUGCUUCCAUAGCUUCAGGAUUUUGAUUGAUAGACUCUUCCAUUGGUUGAGGAUGGAUUAUGUAUGUGUUUCAUGUUUGGAUCAUAAAAAUAUAAGAGACAGUGAAAUCAGC